UAAGUUUCAAACAUGUAAAGCCAGUUCUUCAGUGCUUAACUGUCCAUAUAAAUUUCAUAGCAAAAGUAUGGUCAAGUCCUUUAAAAAGCAUAUACAUAAUUAGAAGAGUCAUCUUUUCUUUCACUUUCACUUUCACUGUCUUCUGCAUUUUUAUUUUGAAACUUCGAAGUUCUUUCACUAUAUAUACUGAGAUCACUCAAAUAGGUUCUCGUAGUUUCAUCUCUAUCUCAUUAAAGUUCUCAAAUUCUUACUGCCCGUUUCGGGUUUUGAGGUUUUCAACAAAGGGUUUCAUUUUAUUCAUAUCAGUUUAAUCAUGAGCAAAGUCAAUAGAGAUAGUUGGGAUGAUGAAUGCUCUGUCAUAGGAGAUAAAGGAGAGAUCGGAUUUAUUGAUUUUGAGGAUGAUCAAUCAGUCUUAAGUUAUGAUGCAGAUGGAGAGGGUCCAGUUAUUAUAUCCAUUCCAUUUCAAUUUAUUCAAGGGAAACCUCAAUCUAUUUUAAUAGGAGAAACUUCAAGGUGUUCAAUAACUAUAAGGAACAGUACUAGUGACCCUAUAGAUAUUUGGGGAAUUAAAAUAUUUUGCUCCAAUCCUGCAGACUCUUUUACCUUAUCUCUUAUGGAACCAUUGUCGGCCUCAGAAAAUACUCGAGGCUUUUUGGAGGGAUUUUCUAUCGAGGACAGAGUGCUUCAACCUCUUCAGACUUUAACAAUUUGGUUAUCCUGCAAACCCAAGGAUGUGGGUUUGCACACAACUGUGGUGCACUUUGAUAUAGGAGAUGAUAGGAUCGAACGUGUGGUAUUUCUAUUGGCAGAAGACAAAAUCUCUCAAUCUCUGGCUUCUAAUAAACCAUAUGCAAGACAACCUAGAAAGAAGCAAUUUGCUGUUAAUCAAUAUGUUGUCUCCUCACGUCCAGCUAGGGCAACGAAGCAAGGUUUCAAGUCUAGGCUCCCAGAAUAUCCAAUCCCAAAGGAUGUUCGAGAGUUGCUGAUGAAUAAGCAAGUCCCUGAAGUCAUAGCACAAAGUUUAGUGGGGAAGAACUAUGUUGAUUUCUUCAAUACAUUGCUGAUCAUGGAAGAGCUAUAUUUGGAGGAACAAAUGCAGGCCCAUAAUAUGGAGUCUGUAAGAAUGAGGAGAAAAGGGGCUCAAUUCCUGGCUCUUGAAGUCCCUGGGUUGGCUGAGAGGAGGCCUUCACUUGUACAUGGAGAUUAUGUUUUUGUGAAGCUUUCUGCUGGCAGCUCAUGUGAUGAAAUCGUGUAUCAGGGUUACAUCCACCGUGUUGAAGCUGAUGAAGUGCUUCUGAAUUUUGCGCAAGAAGUCCAUGCUAGUCACAGAAAUGAGAGUUUAUACGAUGUCAAGUUCUCAUAUAAUAGGAUAACCAUGAGGAGGUUGUAUCAAGCUGUUGAAGCUGCAGAAAAUUUAGAAUCUGAUCUUCUCUUUCCAGAAAAUUCAACCAAAAGGAGAUUGGUUAAAGCUAAUCCUUUUGUGCCAUUUACAAGUCUGAAUGAAGAGCAGAUGCGUUCUGUUGAAAUAAUUCUUGGUUGCAAAGGUGCUCCUCCGUAUGUAAUUUACGGGCCUCCUGGUACGGGCAAAACUAUGACUUUGGUGGAAGCAAUCUUGCAAGUUUAUGCCACAAAAAAGAAUGGUCGGAUUCUUAUAUGUGCGGCUUCAAACAGCGCUGCAGAUCAUAUAUUAGAGAGGCUCUUGGGUAAUGAGACGAUUAAAGUGAAAGAGACUGAGAUAUUUAGGCUUAAUGCUACAAGCCGUGAUUACGAGGAUAUUUCUCCUGAUUAUAUUCGCUUUUGCUAUUUUGAGGAAUCCGUUUUCAAAUGUCCUCCGCUUCAGGCAUUGAACCGUUACAGGAUCAUCAUUUCUACUUACAUGAGUUCAGCUCUACUUACUGCAGAAGGUAUCAGGCGAGGUCAUUUUUCUCAUAUCUUCUUAGAUGAGGCUGGCCAAGCUUCAGAGCCAGAAAGCAUGAUUCCUAUAGCCAACCUUUGUCGUAGAGAAACAGUUGUUGUUCUUGCAGGAGAUCCAAAGCAACUAGGUCCUGUCAUAUAUUCUAAAGAUGCUGAGGUUUCUGGAUUAGGAAAAUCUUAUCUUCAAAGGCUUUUUGAGUGUGAGUUUUACCAUAAUGAGGAUGAAGGUUAUGUGAAAAAGUUAGUGAGAAAUUAUCGGUGUCAUCCAGCGAUUCUAGACCUCCCAUCAAAGCUUUUCUAUAGGGGAGACUUACUUGCAUGUAAAGAAGAUACCUCUUCCUCCAUUAGCGCUAAGGUGGACUUCCUUCCUAAUAAAGAAUUUCCUAUACUGUUCUUUGGCAUUCAAGGCUGUGAUGAGAGAGAAGGUAACAAUCCGUCUUGGUUUAACCGAUUUGAGGCUAGCAAGGUUGUUGAUAUCAUCAAUAAGCUGAGAGAAAGUACUAGUCUCUGUGAAGCAGAUAUUGGGGUUAUAACACCGUAUCGCCAGCAGGUUCUCAAGAUCAGAAAAGUACUUGAAACUUGGGACAUGCCAGAUGUUAGAGUUGGGAGUGUUGAACAAUUUCAGGGACAAGAGAAAGAGGUUAUUAUUGUAUCGACUGUCAGGUCAACAGUUAAACACAAUCAGUUUGACAGAACUUACUGUCUAGGAUUUCUUAGCAAUCCAAGGAGAUUCAAUGUUGCAAUUACCCGUGCCAAAUCACUGCUUAUCAUUAUCGGGAAUCCACACAUAGUCUGUCAGGAUCCAUACUGGGACAAACUUUUAUGGUAUUGUUGUGACAAUAACUCUUAUCAAGGCUGCCCUCUUCCCGAACGACCAAACUAUGCAGAUGAUAUGCUGAUACCAGAAGUGAACUUAAAUAAUGAAUUUGAAACAGGGGAAUGGGGCCAAUCAUAUAAAGCAGAAGAGAUACCAGAAAUUCCACAGCCGGUAACUGAUGAAGCCGAGUGGUCAGAUGGUUGGAAGUAAAAUUUCCUAACUUGUUGCAGUGUGGAUUUUCCUUUUUUCAUAGUCAAGAUGUAGCAUCUUUAGAGUUACGAUCUACAUUACAGGGAAACUUUACGGUGAAUACUAAAUUUAUUAAUGGUAGAUUGCCUUGUAAUUGUGGCCAUUUUGUUGAAUAAUAUGUAAAAUGGUUUGUUAUAA